GAUAUCGAUAUUACUCAGUCACUUCAUGAAAUUAAAAUAAAGGAAUUAAAAAUUGAACUAGAGCAAGUUACACGAAAUUUAUCAUUUAGAGAUAGAUUAAUUUUCUGGUUUCGAUCUAAAAUAAAUAAUCUGAAAGAUAAACUAGAACAGGUCUCUCUAAAACCAGAUUCAUCAUCUAAUGAUUCAAAAACAGGUGGUGAUGCA